CCCGAGACAGUGAGGUGAGACUUAGCUGUCACACCCGGAGCUGUCCACUCCGCCACUGGUGCUGAAGUCAGGAUUCCGUCUUUUACCGAAGGCUUCAUACCGUCCUUUAAGGGAUACAGAGUACAUGGUCAUCAGCUUCUACUACGGGGUUUCUACUGCGUGGAUAUCCUGAAACAAAAUUGUGGAAUACAUCGAUCACCAGCUUGAGACACUGUUGGUUAUAAACUAUUCUUGCUUCUCAGUCUCUCUCGGAAAUAUUUCGCUGGAUGCGUUGUGACUGGAUGAACAGCGAGAGACCAAUGAGGACACACGGAUGGUGGUCAGCGGUUUUAACGCUCGGAGUUUUCUUGCUAGGAGCCGAGGGGAGGCCGAGCCAGGAUGGACACGGUCUGAAGCCCUAUCGGCCUCUAGUGAGGUUCCGUCAUAAGCAGGAUGGGAGCCCAGAGAGUUUACGGAUCACAGGGUUUUACGGCCGUGACGGGCUCCUGGGUCCUUGCGAGAACAAGUACUGCGGCCUGGGGCGGCACUGUGUCAUCAACUGGGAGACCGGGCAGGGGGACUGCGUCUGCCUAGACCACUGCAAGCCCCACUACAAGCCCGUGUGCGGGUCCGACGGACAGCUGUACGACAACCACUGUGAGCUUCACCGCGCUGCCUGUCUGAAGAAGCAGAAGAUCACCAUCCUACACAGUGAAGACUGCUUCUACAAAAGUGAUAAGUGCCGGAUGGGUGACUAUCGGAAGAUGAAAAAUAAAGUGCUCGACCUGCAUAACCAGAGGUACAUCAGACAGGAUGAUAACAGGGAGAGCGAAGAUAAAAUGGCCCUAAAGAAAGCCCUGGUGGACCAAAUGUUCAAGUACUACGACGCAGAUGGGAGCGGGCUUGUUGACAGCAGCGAGUUGUCACAGAUCAUCAAGCAGGAGGGACUGGCCAGGGAUGGAUCUGAAUGCACGCUGUUUGAUCUUCUGAAAUACGACGAUGUCAACGACGAUGAGCACUUGGCAAAGGAGGAGUUCUACAGAGCUUUUGAGGUGCUUCAGCUGACCCUGCCUGAGGAUCAGCGGUUGAGCAUCACCACAGUAACAGUAGGCCAGAGUACCGUCAUGAGCUGCGCCAUCACGGGCAUGCAGCGGCCUCCCAUCGUGUGGAAGCGCAACGGUCAGGUCCUCAACACCUUGCCUCUGGAGGACAUCAGUAUUCCUCAAGAGGACUUCGGCGAUGAUGGCUCUCUGUACAUAACUAAGGUGACCACCACCCACAUGGGAAACUACACCUGCCAUGCAGAUGGCUAUGAGGAGCUUUAUCAGACCCAUACCCUCCAGGUGAAUGUGCCCCCCGUGAUCCGCGUCUACCCUGAGAGCCAGGCGAGGGAGCCGGGGGUCACCGCCAGCCUGAGGUGCCACGCAGAAGGGAUCCCCAAACCGCAGCUGGCCUGGCUGAAGAACGGUGUGGACAUCACCACCAAGCUGUCAAAGCAGCUCACCCUGCAAGGGAACGGGAGCGAGGUCCACAUAAGCAAUGUUCACUUCGAAGACACUGGAGCGUACACGUGUGUGGCGAAGAAUGAGGCUGGAGUGGAUGAAGACAUCUCCUCCCUGUUUGUUGAGGAUUCCGCCCGAAAAACACUGGCAAAUAUCCUAUGGAGAGAAGAAGGUUUCGGAGUUGGGAAUAUGUUCUACGUAUUUUACGAGGACGGCAUUAAGGUCAUCCAGCCAAUGGCGUGUGAGAUCCAGAGACACAUCAAACCGAGUGAAAAACUGCUGGGCCUUCAGGAGGAGGUUUGCCCGAAAUCAGACGGCGACAGUGAACAGAAGUGCACGUGGACGUCCGCGGUCAACGUGAAGGACAAGUAUAUUUACGUCACUCAGCCGACCCUGAACAGAGUGCUCAUCGUAGACGUGCAAACACAGAAGGCUGUUCAGGCUGUGAACACCGACCCUGUCCCGGUGAAGCUACACUACGACAAAUCCCAUGACCAGGUGUGGGUUCUCAGCUGGGGCGAUAUGGAGAAAACCACACCCACACUUCAGGUGAUCAAUCAGGCCAGCGGGAGCGCGUCCCAUCACACCAUCCACACCCAGCCGGUUGGCAGGCAGUUUGAUAGGGUGGAUGAUUUCUUCAUCCCAGCUGCGACCCUCAUCAUUAAUCACAUCAGGUUCGGCUUCAUCCUCCACAAAGAUGAACCUGCGCUUCACAAGAUUGAUCUGGAGACCACAUCCUACGUGAAGAACAUCAGCCUGGAGGCGUACGGAUGUGUCCCCAAGUCCCUGGCCUACACCCACCUGGGCGGGUACUACUUCGUCAGCUGCUGGCCCGACGCUGUCGGUGCCGUCCAGCCCCAGCUCAUCGUGGACGGCGUAACGGACUCUGUCAUCGGGUAUAACCGUGACGUCACCGGCACCCCCUACGUGUCCCCGGAUGGACACUACCUGGUCAGCGUCGACGAUAAGGAUGGCCUGAUGAGGGUUCAGUCCAUCACGGUGCGGGGGGAGAUCCAGGAGCCCUUCGACAUCCACACCAACCUGCACAUCUCCGACAUGGCUUUCCAGAGCUCCUUCACCCAGGUGCACCAGUACAACCUCUUCGCCAGCUCCCGGCUGCAGACCGACGUCCUGUUUGUCGAGCUGGAGACCGGCAACGUCAAGAUGAUCAAGAGCCUGAAGGAGCCGGUGAGGGCUGCUGACUGGCGCUGGAGCCGGAAGAACCGCGUCAUCAUGGACAGUGGACUGUUUGGGCACUUCCUAAUGACGCCCUCGAGAGAAUCCGUAUUCAUUUUGGACGGGCGUCUGAACAAGCUUAACUGUGAAUUAACUGAUGUUGUCAGAGGUAAUACAGUCAUGUGGGUGGGAGAAGUGUAGAGGUUUGGCUUUUCCUGUAAUUGCACUGAAUUUAAACACGAAAUGUACACCCUCUAUACCUUCUAUAGAGUGUAAAGUAAAAACAAGAAAUGAACCAAAUCACCUGUCUAAAAAUCGCAUAAGACUUUGGGCCUUUAUCCAAAAAGAGAAAUUAAUGUUUUCGUGUGUGUGUACAUUGGCAAAAUUUAGAAGCCAAACAAAUAUUCAUUUGGAUGGCCCCACAACUGAGGAAGUAAAUCAAUUGCCUCUUUCAGAUCAACUCUCUGAUAGAUACAAAGAUAAAUAAUUUAUCCUCAGAGAAGCAGCAGAGAACUUUGAAUCACCAGAAUAAAAUCCUUUCAAUGAGCAGCUGCUAUUUACAGCCACAAAAAGGGUUUUCACUGACCUUUCACAUUUUGGUAUCUCCACACUGAGCUCCUCCACUGUUAACUCAUGCUUUUGUGCCUUGAAGGAAUACACAUUCAAGAACAGGAGCGAAAUGUAAUUAAUCCCAUAGAAACUGCACAUUAGAUUUAACCUUCCGUUGUGGUGAGAGGCUUCACAUCCAUGUUUGCGUAAAGUGUUUAAUUACAACAGGCAGAUCCCUUUUCAGACUAAUUAGAAGCUUCCUUAUUGAGAUUAUUUUGAUUUUUAAAGUGCAGGUUGAGAUGUUGGCGAUGACUGUACAGUUGAGAACUUCCCUGAACUGUGAUAUUACACAUAUUCUAUAGAGGGAAUCCUUUAAACAUGCUCCAGUUACUAAUACAAUUAUUUCAGAAGGGCAACAAUAUGCUGUUGGAUAAAACAUAAGAGAAUAAAGUGCAAACUAUGUGAAACUGAAAAGUUCACAUUUGUAAGAAGCGAUGUUGAUUGGAAACUGUGUGUCUGUCCUAAUGAGGUGUGGUUUAUGGUAGAGUGUAGCUGUUGACAUAGUUGUGUUUGUUGUAAUUUAUAUUUGGCGAAUCGAGGUGCACGAUGAGCAUAGGUACAAUUAAAAGAAAACCCAUUUGUAAAUUUGAUAAGAGUGUGCAGUGCAUUUAUUGAGAAUUAUCCAGUGGGCAGUGGUCUAUUUCGUGUUGUAUGCAGAACUUGGUUUUAAUGUAGACAGAUGCUCUCGCGGGGUUUUGUGCAAAAGGACCACAAGUGUCAAAAGUAUCCAACCAAUGUUACAAAUGUCUGUCGGUCAGUUUUUGACAAGCACAAGACCCCAUGUGCUUUUAGAAUAACUCUCCCUGGAUGGAUAUAUUCUAUGCAUUUUCAUUCUUAGACCCUACUGUAGGGCAAAUUGGGAAUGGACUUUUUGGAUUUAACUAUUUUAAUUUGGGAUUUCUGACAUAGGCCCAGAUUUAAUCUACAUGCAAUGUGCUUUGCCCUUGACAUUUACAAACAGAUUUCAGUAAAUGCAGCAUUUUAAUUUUCUUGAAAACACACCAUGAGUUUUUGGCAACAACUACACUUCAAAUUAACAAAUGUAGUACAAUGUGUAUUGAAUAUAUACCAUUUGCUGAAAUGAGUUCCUUGACAAAGCGCAUUGCAGCUGGUCUGUAAGAAAGGCCAAAUCCUGCUGAAUGGUUGUCUAUGGAAUAGAUUUUAUAUUCUUUUUGAUUUCAUGUAACCAAAUUGUUUAAGGCAAUCAUUCAAAAUUUUUAUUCUUCUUAUGUAUUGUUUCAUGUAGAAUAUAACCCCUCAAAACCCACAGCAUUUUUACCUGUUUUUUUACUAGUUUUGUUAUGUACAUACUGUAGCAGCCAUGUGUAAUCUGUGGGGCAAACUACUGUUAAUUUUGGUAUAUGUCUUUGAGGGCUCAGUUUAUUAUUUCUAGAGACUGAAUUAGCUUAAUUUUUAAAGAAAAAAAAAAACCCACCAACAUCAAUUUCUCCAAAUCUGGUCAAGUACAAUGUGGUGUCACUUAUAACAUUGCCAUCUGCAUUUAGUCAUGUAUUUUAAUUAAUGUGGUUGCUGUUUAUGUAGAAAGAUGCUUGACAUUAACAGAA